CAGCCCCGGCAAAGCUGAGCUGCGUCCGCCCCACAGCACCCAGCACCCCACAGCCGGGGCAGAGGCACCACCGGGCCCCACAGCAGCCAUGGGGCUGAGUCCUGCGCCCGUCCUUGCCCUCACUCUGCUGCUGGGGGGCAUGGUGAAUGGGCAGCCGCGGGGACGGAUCCUGGGGGGCUACGAGGCCAAGCCCCACCUGAAGCCGUACAUGGCCUCGCUGCAGCUGGACGGGCAGCACAUCUGCGGGGGCUUCCUCAUCGCCAAGCAGUGGGUGCUGAGCGCUGCCCACUGCACCGAGGAGACGGACGGCAAAAUGUUCCAGGUCCUCCUGGGCGCCCACUCGCUCACGGAGCCGGAGCCCCACAAGCGCCUGUACCGGGUGCGUGCCCAGAUCCCCCACCCCGGCAGCAACAUCCACAACAACAAGGACGACCUCCUCCUGCUGCAGCUGGAGGAGGAAGCGGAGCUGAACGCGCAUGUGCAAGUGCUGCCGGUGCAGCGGGAGGACCGGGACGUGGCGCCCGACACCGUGUGCGAGGUGGCGGGUUGGGGCACCAUCAACCACAGCGGCCGCCGGCCGGACAAGCUUUACCAGUUGGAGCGGCCGGUGCUGAGCCGCGACGUCUGCAACCACCGCACCCGCCACGACCACACCAUCACCGAGAAGAUGAUGUGCACCGACUCCCGCAGGAAGGACACCUGCAAGGGAGACUCCGGCGGCCCCUUGGUCUGCAACGGGGUGGCCGAGGGGGUGGUCACGGCCGGGUCUCGCGUCUGCGGCAACUACAAGAAGCCGGCCAUCUACACCCGCAUCGCCCCCUAUGCGGCCUGGAUCGACGGCGUCAUCGCGGCUGGGGAUGGGGCUGCUCCCUGAGCCUGCACCGGCACCCGGCUCCACACGACGGCCACAGCACCCAACCGCACCCACAGCACCCAACAGCGUCCACAGCACCCAACCGCACCCGCAGCAUCCACAGCACCCAACAGCAUCACAGCACCCACAGCACCCACAGCACCCAACAGCACCCAUGCUGCCACUCACCCACCAAGCACUGGGGGCUCCUACCACUGCCCUGACCCACUCGUGGGGCAUCCCCUGGGCCUGGGGACCAGCAUGAAACCAGGGGAAGGGGGUCCCCGGCCCCCCGCUUGCAAAGCACAAGCCCAGAUGGGGCGUGUGGGGGCUCGGAGCCCCCCAGGCUGGCACAAGCCACUGGCUUUGCUGAAUGUGCCCGUUAGCACUGACCUGCUGCAAUAAAGUGAUGAUUCCUGCAGA